AUGGUUAGAAAUGAGGUGAUAAUUGUGACCAAAGAUGACAACGUGUAUGCGUUUGGUAACAAUAAGUACGGGUGUCUGGGUUUGGGUCACAAUAACCCAAUACAAGAGCCCACGAGACUCGAGGAGUUAUGUUAUAAGGAGAUCGCAAGCAUUGCUUAUUGUGGUUAUUAUGUAAUUGCCUUCACAGCCAAUGGAGACAUAUAUUCGUGGGGUUAUAACAACAACGGAGAGCUCGGCAUCGGAACCACAGUCAACAGCAAUCGUCCCAAUCUUAUCGACGCUUUAGUUGGCAAACGUAUUGUUGAUAUUAGCUGUGGUUAUGACCACUCAUUGGCACUGACGGCCACUGGAGAGGUAUAUUCGUGGGGAGACAACAGCUAUGGUCAGAUCGGAAACGGCAAUAAUUUCGAUAUACAGUCCACACCUCAUAAAGUUAAGGGCAUUGACAACGAGGAUGUGAUACAGAUAUCCUGUGGUUAUUAUCAUUCAAUGGCACUCACAAAAGAGGGACAUGUAUUCGGCUGGGGUUAUAAUAGUGAAGGAGAAUUGGGUCUAGGCAAUGAUAUCAGUCAAAUGGUUCCCAACAGAAUCAAUAUAAUGAAUGGGGUUAUCAUUAAGAAAGUGAUAUGUGGUCAAUACCACAGCCUCUUAUUAUCCAGUGAUGGAGAUAUCUAUGUAUUUGGUUGUAACCAAUUCGGACAAAUAGGCAAUGGAAACAAAAUGAACCAAACAUUUCCUUUUAAGAUCAUUACCGGCAAUAAGUUCUCAGAUAUUGGUUCGCAUCCAUUGAGCAGUAUAUCAGUAGCUGUAAGUCAAACAACGGGAAACUGUUUAGUUUGGGGAGAAUGUGAACCCGAAGUGAUAACUACUCCCCGGGAAACACCGCUUCAGUCUAUGCACGACAUCUUCUCGUUUUACUCGAAACGUAAAAUUACUUACAAACCCAUUCAUAUUGAUGAACGACCCUCUGUUAACCCAUUGGUUGAUUGUAUGCGUCGGGCCUUCAAUGAAACCGAAUUAAGCGAUUUCAGGUUUAAAAUCGACAACAAAUUUAUUUACGCCCACAAAGCGAUUCUAAGGAUUCGUUGCGAACAUUUCCGGUCCAUGUUUUCCGAGCACUGGUCGCAACCGGAGACGUGUGAGAUUGAGAUUAAUAUAUACUCGUAUAACGUUUACUAUGCAUUCAUAAAAUACAUUUACACUAAUUGUGUGGACAUAAGACUAGAGGACGCCAUCGAACUCUACGAUUUGGCCAAUUCUUACUGUGAGGAUCAUCUGAGAGACAAAUGCGCUCUCAUUAUCAAGAAUCACAUAUCAGUGCAAAAUGCGUUCGCCUUAUACUCAUCGGCAGUGAAAUACAAUUCAACCGAUUUGGAGAACUUUUGUCUUAAGUUUGCGGCCAAUAAUUUGAAUGAUUUUGAGUCCAACACUGUUGCAGAGCUCAACCACAACAAGACUUGA